UCGCAUUGAAAUGAAUGCUUACGGAACUAAAUCCCACCACUCGCUGCGCAUGGAUAUUAAGGUCGAGAUUGUUGACUUCAAGCUCCAACGGGCAAUGGAUCCCGAUGCCGAAGUCGAGCGCGACCUCUCCCCCUUCCUUCGCAUCUACAAGAGCGGCCGCGUUGAGCGCCUCCUCGGCACCGAAGUGCUCCCCGCUGGGACGGACCCCGCCACAGGCGUCGCCUCCAAGGACGUCCUGUUCGACCCCGACGCCGGCCUCUGGGUUCGCCUCUACCUACCGGACCUCGCGGGAUGCACCCCGGACAAGAGGCUCCCUGUCAUCGUCUACUUCCACGGCGGCAGCUUCACCGUCGAGACGGCCGCCUCCCCGACGUACCACAACUACCUCAACUCCCUCGUGGCCGCGGCCUGCGUGCUCGCGGUGUCAGUGAACUUCCGCCGGCCGCCGGAGCAUCCGCUGCCAGCGGCCUACGAUGACUCAUUGGCGGCGGUUCGGUGGGUGACGGAGACAGGGGAGGCGUGGGUCGCGGAGCGUGGGGACCUGGGGCGAGUGUUCCUGGUCGGGGACAGCACGGGCGGCAACAUAGCGCACCAGGUGGCCCUGCGAUUUUAAUUUACUAGCCUGGUCGAGCCCAGAUAAUGCGAUUGGUCUGAGGCCCAAUAUCGAUAGUCCAGGAUUGACCGGCCUAGCCGGCUCUGAACGGUCCGACCCGGUAUCCUCCCGACCGCAUGUAUCGAAUCUGAUCCAGUCGAACCCAGUCAAACCGGUUUCGGUUCCAACCUGUUGGGCCGGACCGAAUGCAGCAGCACAGUCGAAGGGGACCGUAAUCUUACAAGAAAUGGAAAUAAUUAAUACUAUCGGAUUUCAUUGAACCAAAAAAUAAUAUUUAUAAUAAGAAGCCCACCUGCUGCCAUCGGCGAGCUGGUGACUGUCGGUGGAGAAGGCCACCUACUGCACAAGGUGGGGGGGUAAAUGAAAGACUCUGGAUGCCACGUCCCAGCAAAUCAUUUCCCGUGUCACGAGACCCGACAAGGGACCAACAACUUGUCAUUACUCCACACCUUU